AUGAUGUUUUUCAACGGCCCUAAGAAUGAGCCUGUUCUCUGCCGAGCAUUCCCCACCUACCUCGAUGGUGCUGCAUUACUCUGGUUUUCUAAACUUCCUGAAGGUUCAAUUUCCUCCUUCGAAGAUCUUGCUAGAUCAUUCAUUGAUUAUUUUGCCGUGUCAAGAAUCUACGUACAUGGUUCAGACUACCUCGGCACCAUUAAGCAAGGUCAGCACGAAAGCCUGAAGGACUACAUGACCAGAUUCGCUGACGCCACUGUGGAGAUCCAGGACUUAGACCCGACCGUCCACCUGCACACCCUCAAGGCCGGCCUCAGGCCCGGAAAAUUCCGGGAGACCAUUGCCAUAACAAAACCAAAAACGCUAGAGGAAUUCAGAGAAAGGGCGGCAGGUCAAAUGGAGAUCGAAAAACUCCGAGAAGCCCAAAAAUCAGACAAGCAACCACAUCGGAGAGAUGAAGAAAAAACUUUCAGAUCGCCAGGCAGCAGAGACACUAAGAGACCUUCCAAGCCCACGUCAAAAUACAACACAUACACCAGAUUCAAUACCAGAAGAGAAAACAUCAUCAGAGAAAUCCUCAACGCCAAAAUCAUAAAGCCACCAGCUCGAGCAGGAAACUACCAGGAUCAAAGGUUCGUGGAUAGGACAAAGCAUUAUGCCUUCCAUCGGAAGUUUGGACACACCACGGACGACUGCAUAGUCGCGAAGGACCUCCUGGAAAGGCUGGCAGACCAAGGGCUCUUGGACAAAUACAUCGAGAGCCGGAAGGGCAAAGGGGGGAAACUCAGACAGAGUAGGGCACAAGCAAGCAGUGGCUGA